AUGGCGAGGCCCUCCGGACCCAGUGGCAGCCCCACCGGUGACAUUGGUGUUUUGGAUUACAACAACACAGAUGGAAAUAUCAACAUCCUUCCAUUGCUCAAAACCAUAAUCAGCCACAAAAUACCAGUAUGGAUCUUCAGUGGUGAUCAAGACUCAGUUGUUCCAUUGUUAGGAUCUCGAACACUUGUACGAGAACUAGCACAUGAGAUGAAACACAGCAUUACAGUUCCAUAUCGCACAUGGUUCUAUAAAGACCAGAUAUGGAUGACAGAGUAUGGGAACCUGCUGACAUUUGCUACUGUGAGAGGUGCUGCUCAUAUGGUUCCUUAUGCACAACCAGGAAGAGCUCUUCAACUCUUCAGGUCAUUUGUGAAAGGACAGAGACUCCCAAACAUAACACAAAUUUCCUUUUGA